AUGGCAGAUCCCAAAACACCCCCUGCGCAGCAUGAUGAGGCUCCCACAGCAGAGAUGCUCGCCUCAGACGCAAAAGUCGCUGCUGAAGCAGAACACCACAUGACGCUAUGGCAAGCUUGCAAAACAUACCCCAAAGCCAUAGGCUGGUCCGUCUUGCUCUCUACCACCCUCAUCAUGGAAGGCUACGACCUUGCCUUACUCGGCAACCUCUACGCAUCACCCGUGUUCAACCAGAAAUUCGGCGAGUAUAACGCCGAAAAAGACAAAUACGCUGUUACUGCAGCUUGGCAAUCUGGACUCUCCAAUGGUGCACGCGCAGGCGAAAUCAUAGGCCUAAUUCUCGCCGGAUGGGCGUCUGAUCGCUAUGGCUACAAAAUGACAACCGUCGGAGCCCUCGUCCUCAUGAUUGCAUUUGUCUUCGUCCUUUUCUUCGCACCCAAUGUCAAGAUCCUUGUUUUGGGAGAAGUACUCUGUGGUAUUCCUUGGGGUGCAUUCCAAUCCGUCACACCUGCAUAUGCGUCCGAAGUAGCACCGGUUGUGCUCCGACCUUACCUUACGACUUUUAUCAACAUGUGUUGGGUUAUUGGACAGUUUUUUGCUGCUGCUGUUAAUAAAGGUUCUGUUGGACGGGGUGAUGAGUGGGCUUAUCGGAUUCCGUUUGGUGUGCAGUGGGUUUGGCCUGUUCCUAUCCUUGCAGGUGUCAUAUUUGCUCCCGAAUCGCCUUGGUGGCAUGUUCGAAAAGGCAAUCGCGCCGCCGCAAAGAAGUCCCUUCUUCGACUCACAUCACCCAACCAACCUAACUUCAACGCAGACGAUACGAUUGCCAUGAUCGAACAUACAAAUGAGAUGGAAAAGAACUUGAAAGAGGGCACAAGCUACAGAGACUGCUUUAAGGGUAUUGACCUCCGACGAACAGAAAUUGUCGUGGGCAUCUGGCUUGUCCAAACUCUCGGCGGUCAAAACCUCAUGGGAUAUUUCUCAUAUUUCUUGACACAAGCAGGCAUGGAUGCAAGUAACUCAUUCUCGCUAUCCAUGGCGCAGUACGCUCUUGGUAUGGUCGGUACAUUCGGCUCUUGGUUCCUAAUGGCCAAAGUCGGUCGCCGAACGAUUCAUUUCACAGGCCUUUGCACUCAACUCCUCAUCCUCAUAAUCGUCGGCUCCCUCUCGUUCUCCAACAGCAACGGUUCAGUCUGGGCCAUUGGCGCAAUGCUAAUCGUCUUUACUUUCGUCUACGAUUUCACUGUCGGACCAGUUACCUAUUCCCUCAUCUCCGAACUCUCAUCCACACGUUUGAAGGCGAAGACUAUUGUCAUGGCUCGCGCUGCGUAUAAUGCCAGCAAUAUUUUCGUCAAUGUCAUGACGAAUUACCAAUUGUCUUCGACGGCGUGGAAUUGGGGUGCGCGCACGGCUUAUUUCUGGGCGGGUACUUGUUUGAUCUCUGCGAUUUGGGUGUAUUUCAGAUUGCCUGAGCCUAGAGGUCGGACUUAUGCUGAGUUGGAUGUUUUGUUUGAGCGACGCGUGUCGGCUAGGAAAUUUGCUUCGACCAAGAUUGAUCCUUAUUCUGAUCAUGUCGCGUCUGGAAAGAACAUGGCAGUUGAGAAGGAGAUGCAGUAA